GGCGCACGGCUGCUGGCCCCUGCAGACAGCCGUCACAAUGGCGCAUCGUCUCCUCGUGGCGAUUGUGCUCGCCGUGUGUGCCGAGCAGGUGGCGGCCAUCUUCCUCGCCCCAGAAGACCUCGACGUGGACAGCGCAAUUAAGAGCGAAAAAGUCUUCCGAGACACCAUGCGCUGCGUCUUUGGCGACGACGACUACAAGUACUGUGACUCUCACUCUGUCACCAUAAAAUAUACCAUUUGGAAUUUGGUGCAGGAAGGGUGCAACAGCUGCACGGACGAAGAUCUGAAGGUGUUCAGGUUCAUGGCCUACAUUUCCAACAAUAAACCGAAGGAGUGGCAGCAGGUCCUGGACGUUUUCGAUCCACAGGGCGAAUUCAAGAAGAAGAAUGGCGCCCAGUGGAAACAAUAUGGCAUCGUUGUGUAAGUGCGUGGCAGAACAAACUUUUGUAAAUGAAAGCUGUUUCCUUGUGUACGACAAUAAAAGAGCUGUUUACCCUA